CAGGGAGGUUAUAAAACCACCUACGCUAUCGCUUGUUAGCCACCUUCCACGCACUUUCUAUCAGGCGUAUCCCCCCUCGACCGUCCUCUGCGGCGUUUGAAGCAGUGGGUCAAACAACGACGCUAACACUGGAGCUGUAAAAUUAACAACGGGGGCUCCCGUUUAAAGCGCCGCAGCAAGCUCACCGGCCAGCGCAGUGCGACCACUUGCGACUCUCUGAAACGAUUUUCUGUUUCGGAGAAGUGCAAAUUCAUAUCCCAAAAACCACUGCCGCCGCCGCACAUCCACCAAAAGCACCCCAAAUCAAAGCAAAAUGGUGCAAAAUAAGAUCACCGAGGUCACUGGAUUCCACCGCUCUUUCAAGGGCCAAAAUCCCUUUGAAUCUGAGGACUUCACUAAAAAUGGAUCCCAUCUUAUUGAUUCGUCAUUUAAUUUUGAUUCCUCCCCAAGACAUGAAAUGCCUUCCAGUCAGCCUAUUGACAUCCCUGAUGCCAAGAAGAGAAACAAGAAGAAAAAGCGUUGCCGGGCAACUGACAGUUUCUCUGGACGAUUCGAGGAUGUCUACAGACUGCAGGAAGAGGUACUAGGAGAGGGCGCUUAUGCCAGAGUGCAAACAUGCAUCAACCUCAUCACCAACAAAGAGUACGCUGUCAAGAUCAUUGAGAAAAGACCAGGUCACAGCCGCAGCCGUGUCUUCCGUGAGGUUGAGAUGCUCUAUCAGUGCCAGGGUCACAGCAACAUCCUGGAGCUGGUGGAGUUCUUUGAAGAGGAGGACAAAUUCUACCUGGUGUUUGAAAAGCUUAGAGGAGGGUCAAUCUUGGCACACAUUCACAAGAGACGGCACUUCAGUGAGCAGGAAGCAAGUGUUGUCGUGCAGGACAUAGCCAGUGCUCUAGAUUUCCUGCAUAACAAAGGAAUGGCACAUAGAGACCUGAAACCUGAGAACAUUCUCUGUAAGAGUGCAGACAAGAUUUCACCAGUUAAAAUCUGUGACUUUGACUUGGGAAGUGGCAUCAAGCUGAACAGCGACAGCUCACCCAUCUCCACCCCUGAGCUCCUCACUCCUUGUGGCUCAGCAGAGUACAUGGCACCUGAGGUGGUUGAGGCCUUCAGUGAGGAGGCCACAAUUUACGACAAGCGCUGUGACCUGUGGAGCCUUGGAGUCAUCCUGUACAUCAUGCUGAGCGGCUACCCACCCUUUGUAGGCCGCUGUGGCGGUGACUGUGGCUGGGAAUUAGGGGAACCCUGCCAUACCUGCCAGAACACUUUGUUUGAGAGUAUCCAGGAAGGAAAAUAUGAGUUUCCAGAGAAAGACUGGGCUCACAUCUCCUCAAGUGCCAAAGAUCUCAUAUCCAAACUUCUGGUUCGGGACGCCAAAAACCGCCUGAGUGCCAGCCAGGUGCUGCAGCACCCCUGGGUGCAGGGGGGUGCUUAUGACACUUUGCCAACAUCCAUCUUGCAUCAACGAACCAGCAAUGCCAGGGAUCUGACAUUCUUUGCUGACAAGGCCAUGGCUGUGAACCGGCAGCUGGCUGAACAGGAUGGCAUGGAAGACCAGCAGCAGCAGGAAAUCCCGUUUGUUGUUACUGCUACUGGCUCUUCUAUGCGCCUUUCUCCUUCCAACUCCAAGCUGGCUAAGCGCAGGCAGCGAAGCAGCCAGCCCAAGGGAGGGCCCGUUUCUGCUGCAGAGCUUCGUCAGCUCUUGGCCCCUCUCGUUAUUGUGGGAGACUGUGCCUGAACUUUGUCAACUCUGACCUCCGACCUUCCGUUAAGAUUCAUGUCCAGAUCCAAGACUGCCCUGAGACUCUCCCCCUCUAAUUCUGGCUCCUCUCCCUGACUCUAGCUGGCCUUGGUUACAUACAUUCAGGCUUUCUUGCCUCACUGUAAAGGGAGAUGCUGCUUGCAGCCCUUUCUCUAAAUGCCUUCUGCCCUUCUGCAGCACUUCUGAAGCACAUCAGCCCAGGGCCUGCAUAUAGCAAACACACACAUAUGUGCAUGUCUGGGUUUCCGGGGGGGGGCAGUUAAUGUUUUGGGGGAGAGAGAGAAGUAUUUUCUAAGUUAUGUUUGGUUUGUUUUAAUUUUAUUCAUAACACCGUUCAGAAGACAUCAGAACGCUUAUCUUCGAAACUAAGCUCAGACACCAAAGGACAACCUGUUGUGCUGCUCCCACGUUACAACUGGAUCCACUGUGAAUUAAGUUAUCUGGAAUGUUCUCUUUGCCUGUAUGUAUAUGCGUGAAUGGCCCAUCUGCAGAUACGUACAAGCUUAUGCAAUACGCCAAGAUGAAGGCUGUUCCUGUCUUUGAAGGGAUUCAGUAUAAGGGGUUGGAAGGUCUGUAAGCCAAUGCUGUCCGUGCCUGGUGCGGUCCAUUAUGUGGCUGGGGACUUCAAAGAAUUUUUUUGUCUCAAUUUAAGAUGAAUUUCCUCAACGCUGAGCUUUUUUUGUAAAUGUCAGAUAAAACAUGCACUCAUCUAGCUUGGUGGCCACGCACUUAAUGCUCCUAGAGCAAAAAAUGUUAGUCUGUAGCCAGCCAUGACUUACUGUUGCACCGAUUCAUACAGUUUAGUACAUGAACUUCCCAACUUAUCAGUGGCCACACUUUUCAGUGUUUGUGAGACCGUCAGGCAAGUCUCUUAUUGAAGUAAACAGUUUUACUCCCCCGAAAUUGUACUUCUGAGCAAACCCUGAAGUACAUCCAUUAUGUUGGUACAAGCUAAUUAUGUCAAAUGGCUAGGCAAGUGAAACUGGGUCGGUGUCUUUCAUCGUAAAGAAUUCAUGACGUCCCCUUUCCAACAACCAGAAUUGUGGUGUUUGUUUGUUUUUCUUCUUCCUACAAAUCAAUUUAGAAAUUGGAUUUAACCUUGAACAUGUUGCCAGUAAAGGUUAGAACUACUAUCAGGGGUCUUAAAAGCACAUUUUGGCCAAUGUAACCAAAGUGUCAUUUGUUGAUCAAAUAUAUUUGGACUUUUUUGUUUUGGGUUUUUUUUUUUUUUUCCUCAAUGGUUCACCAUUGUGUGUUUUGAGACAACCCUUUCAAAAUAAUGACAUUACAAAAUAAGAUGCAGAUGAGUUUUUUUUUUUUCUUCAAAAAUGAAACACAAAAAAAGGAAAAACAUUCCACAAAAGGAAAAAAAAACAAGUCUUCCACAAACAUGUAGCUGUAAGUUUACUUUAUUUUUCAUGUUUGAAAACUCCAUGUCAAUGUGCCACACUGAUUUCCCCCUCCCCCUUUUUUCAUGGCUGUUAAUAAGCUUUUAUUUUCUAUGUUGAUUUUCAUGCAGGUGCUGUUCAGGUGAAACACCGGAUGUUUUCCUUAAAGGUUGUGUUUGUGUGUGUGUUUUUUUUUUUUUUUUAAAUGUUUUUAAAAGUUCUGUGUGUGUGUGUGUGUGUGAGAGAGCACGAUGGUCGGUUUAGUGGAGCUGGAGCGUUCAUGCCCAGUGAAGGUGUUUUAAUUUUGUGUUAUGUGUUUUUUUUUUUUUUUAAUUUUUUUUUUUAUGAGAGUUGGCAAUAAUUAUAUAUUUUUGUUUAGAUAAGUUUAUUAAGCUCAUUCUGAAACCGACAGGUAAUGGACAGGUGAUGAGGUCUCACAACACUGUAGCCAUUUCACCAAAGAGGGUUCAAGUCAUGACAUUGAACAUGUGAUCCAUCACAGAGCAGUGAGAAGUGGGGACUUCUGAUUGUCCGUGUCCUGUUACCAGCACUGCAGCGACGGUACUCUGGAAAUGGCUCCCUUGGUGUCAAAGGACCCAUUAUGCUGAUAAUAGGACACUGUAAUAGUUCUAAAAUACCUUCUACAGAUGCAUAGUUAAGGGGUUUUAUGUCUUAUAAUAAGACUUACUUGAAUUUGUGUAUGCAGCUGUUUCUUCUCCAUUUGGGAAACUAUUUUGCUAUCAAUAAUUUCAAAGCAUUAAGCUGAUGAUCAAGGCAAUCUUGGGGUUUUGAAAAUACCAAUACAGUUCAGUAUUCUGCCUUCUCCCUUUUGAGCAUCAGCUGAUUUAGGCCCUACUUUUUUGAUAGGGUUGGAUACUCAAAUGCACAAACUUUGGCCAUACUCUAAUAUCCUGAAUGGUAUAAUAAGAGUUUUCUUGGUCAUGACCAUUUCUACUUUUGUCAAGUGGCAGUAGCUUUUUGGACUACCUUUUAUUCGGGUGGGGUGGAGGGGGAAGGGGACAAAAUUAUAUCCUUAAGUCUUGCAAUUUUUUAUAUUGUAAGUCAUUUUGAAGGAAGUGUUAACAUUCAUUCAAAUAGACAGUCCCAUCAAACUCCCUACAAUUUGAAUGUAGCCCACAGGCAAAAGCAUUUACAAUCCAGCAACAUUGAUCAAAUGUUUUAUAAAAACUUCAUGGUAUGUUGGGUUAUUCUGUCUACGUUGAUACAGUCCUCAAGUCUUUUCCUUUUGAGAGUUGACACCUGAUUUUAAAACUGAAUUACCCCAAACCCACUGUGUUUGUGGGAAUAAAUUUGAAGUAAAUACAUCCUUUAAGUACAAAAACAUUUUGAUUUAAAAUAAGCACUUUACUGUACCAUGUGAAUGAUUGCAGUUCACUCAAGGCAACAUUUAUGACCGUUGCUACAGAAUUUUGUAUUGUUUUUCUAAAAAAAAAAAUGCAAUAAAAUGCUUUCAACUAAA